AUGCCUGAUAAUUAUCGAACUAAUAUUAUCAUAUUAACUUCAGCAAUGGAUAUGUUAAUGAAAUUUGGUGAUGUUGAAAAGGCAGAAAGUAUUUUUCGGUCAAUCAAAAGGAAAGAUGCUAAUAUUUAUGGUGCUUUAAUGAAUGGUUAUAAUCUUAAUGAUGAAUCAUGGAAAUGUUUCAAGAUUUUUGAAGAAAUAAAUAAAAACAAUAUUGUCGUCGGUGAUAUCAUAUGGAAUAUAAUUAUUGGUGCAUGUUCAAAUACUGCAAUGCUGCAUCGCUGCCAAUAUAUUAUGGAUCGAAUUCCAUCGAAUAUUCAGAGGAACAUUCAAAUUCAAAAUUCAUUGAUUGAUAUGCGGGGUAAAUGUGGUUCAAUUGAAAACGCAAAAAGUGUAUUUAAUUCAAUUGAUGAUUGUGGUACUAUUACAUACAAUGCUAUGAUCAAUGCAUUUGGUCUAAAUGGAAUGGGUUCUCAAGCCGUUGAAUUAUAUAGACAAAUGCCUAGUAAUCCACGUGAUCGUAUUUCACACAUUAGUGUUCUUAACGCAUGUUCCCAUUCGGCACUUCUUCAUGAAGCUCGAACCAUCUUUGAUGAAAUUCCUAUUGAUUGUUUAAGUCGUUUAUUUGUAUUUGAUGAAGCACAAAAGUUGAUCGAUGAUUAUGAAAAGACAAAUAUACCAAGUAUUGCUAUGUAUAUGUCUCUAUUAUCCGGCGCACGUAAUGAUCGAAAUAGUAAUUUAUCUGAAAAAAUAUAUAAACGAAUGAAAACUUUAUUUCCUAAUGAAAAAGAAAGUCUUGCAUCAGGUGUAGUUCUUCUGUCAAGUAUAUAUUCCUCGCUGGGCGAACAUGAACAAGCUAAAAAUUUUCGAUCUAAUCAAAUAAAAGAAUUGGGAAUCAAACGACUCAAAGCUCAUGAUCAUUCUCAUCCGCAAUCAACUGAAACCUACGCUAAAAUUGGUCGUUUAAAGUCAAAAGCGAUUGAAUACGGCUUUACAUUUGAUUCAUCUUGGAUAACUCGCCAAUUAAAUGAAAACGAAACUAUUGAAUCUGUUUUAUGUGGUCAUAGUGAGAUAUUAGUAAUUGCAUUGAAUUUUAUUCAAGUUGCUAAAAAUCUUCGAGUUUGUGGUCAUUGCCAUGAAUUUACAAAAAUUAUAGCAAAAAUUGAACAGUGUGAUAUUGUUGUUCGUGAUGCUAAUCGAAUUCAUCACUUUUAUCCCGCUGGUCAAUGUUCUUGUCAAGAUCAUUUCUGA